ACGGUGUAAGAUCACGUUUGGACGACGGAGCAGCUUGAAUCGUUCAACUUUGAAAAGUGCAUCGAAAGGCAUCCAAUGUGAAAAGUGAAGUUUGGAAAAAGUAAUUCAUGUAGGAAAUAAUCCCUCGUGGAAACCCCCCGAGAAACCAGUUUCUUCACGACCUGCCCAUUCCCAGAGAAGAAAAACAAAACACGAAACGAAAAAAUAGUAAACGUGACCCGAAAAGAGGUAGUGUGCCCCCCGCGCACACUCAUGAAAACAUCCUUGGCCGGUUGCGUGUUGGGUACGUUUUCCGCGACUUCCUCCCCCCGGUCGGUUGCGGCGCCGGAUGUGUACGAUACAUUUCCGGUCGGAAUCGGAUUAAUGCUCCCGGGGGCCAUAAUGCGUUCCUGGUGCGCCAAAGGGGCAGAUGAGCAGUAGCGGCGUGCGGUGACCCCGGAAGCAAAACAAAAAGCGAUAGAAGAAAAAAGAAAAACAUCGGAGUAAAAGGCGCAGUGCUUCUUUUUUUGGUCUUCUGUUCGCGGUGUUGUAGAAGAAGUUCCUUUUCGUCACGUGCUCGUUACGUGUUUCGGUUCUCGUGUGUAGGUAGGUUGGUGUUGUGUAACGUGUGACCAGCAACCGGCAACAGCUGCCCAACAGCGUUCUACUUGUGUAUGUGUGUGUGUGUCAGUGUGCAAGUAGUGCACGAUGACGCCGGUAUCCUGAAAGCGACCGGCCGUUUGCUGGCCAAAUUCCGUGGAAAAUCGAUUUUCGUCCUUCGGGAGUGUGUGUGUGCGUGUGUAGGUGUUCGUGCGUGUGCUACUACAUGCGGUCGUGUGUCUUGGUGGGGGUGCCAUUUUGAGUAAGGAUCAGAAAAACCUUGCUGCAAUGGUAUCCUAAAACAUACCCGCCACCACCAGCCAAAGGAGGAAACACACGUUUGCCGGAAAUCGUGCAAGGUGAAUCGAAGGAAACCAUCGACGUGUGUGUGUGUGCGUUUGUGUGUACCAUUCCGAGGAAAGUUCUGUACGAGCAGUUGCGUUUUUCAGCUCAGCUUUUACCGAUCCUCUUCCGGUCGGUCGAAAGUCGGCAAAGCGAAAAAUAAAACGAUCGGCUUUACGUCCUCGAAACCCGGCGCGCGGAACCACUUCGUCCAAAGCCAACUCUCCGCAUCCUGCCGUCCAGUUUGUGCUUUUGCUCUUCCUUUCCGCUCACGUGCCUCUCGCCGGGGGAGGCAAAAAAAGGAAGGACGGAAAAAUAAUAAUAUUGCCUCGAGGCUAUAAAUCUACCUACUAUCCCGAGGGUCAGAGGAGAAGUAUUCGCGGCCGGAUCCGUUGGAGUUUGCCAAAAGGAUAACACGAAUCCGGUUACGGUUGCGGAAGUGAAGCAAGGAAGCGAACAAAGUAAAAAAAACAGGAAAACAAAUUAAAUAAGGCCGAACAUAUUUGCAAGAUGGACAUCGGGAUGGAUCGCAGCGGAACCGAUGCGGGGGUCGCCACCAUCGGCACCCUGUUCCAGCACAUCGUCAACGACAUGAAGAACUCGAGCCCACUGUGGGAGGACUUCAUCGCCAAAGCAACAAAGCUACACGCUUGUUUAAGGGCUGCAAUUCAGGCGUUGGCGGCCUAUUUGGAUGCAUUCCAAAAAAUCGCCGAUGCUGCCACCAACUCUCGAGGAGCGACCAAAGAAAUCGGCACCGCACUGACGCGCGUCUGCCUGCGGCAUAAGGCGGUCGAGAGCCGGAUGAAAACGUUCACCAGCGCGUUCAUGGACUGCCUGAUCGUGCCGCUGCAGGAGCGGCUCGAGGACUGGCGCAAGCAGGUGACCGUGAUCGACAAGGACCACGCCAAAGAGUACAAGCGGUGCCGGGCGGAGCUGAAGAAGCGCUCGAGCGACACGCUCCGGCUGCAGAAGAAGGCCAAGAAGGGCCAGGCGGACAACCUGCACGUGCUGGUCGAGUCGUCGAUGCAGGACGUCACGCUCCGACGCUGCGAGCUGGAGGAGGUGGAGCGCAAGUCGCUGCGGGCGAUCAUGGUCGAGGAGCGGUCACGAUACUGCACCUUCGUCAACAUGCUGCAGCCGGUGGUGCACGAGGAGUGCGAGGUGAUGUCCGAGCUGAGCCACCUACAGGAGGCCAUGCAAUUGAUAGCGAUCGUCACGAAGGAUCCCGCUCAGCUGCCCCAAGCGUCGGAGGAACUAAUCCUCGAGUCGAAGGCGAACAUCAGCCUCUACCCGGACUCACCGGGAGGCUCUAACUCCCAGGGAGGCUGCUCGAACUCGCUCGGCUCGCGCAAGAGCUCCGUCUGCUCGAUCAGCUCGAUCAACAGCAGUAGCAGCGGGUCCCCCGGGCAUCACCAGUUCCAGCGAUCACUAUCGCAGUACUCUCCGGCGAUACGUUUGAAACCAGGCGAAUCGAGCGAUAGCGGCUUUUGCUCUUCACCAGCUUUAACUUCACAGGCGUCCACCCUAGCUAGUCAAUCGCACGCCGUCUCGACGUGGCCACCGCACACCCAGGAUGCAACGUCCACCACCGACCGUCCGCACACGAUUUCGUCCGCCUACGAGAAGGGCCACCAACGGCCCGCCCUCACCGUCUACACCUUCCAGAGCCCGGAAACGAUCGCCGAAACGCAGAAAUCUCCGGCCAACGUUGCCUGUCGGCCGCCGCUUCCAGUGCGCUGUUCUUCACUCGAGCGGCCACUUUCGACUACGUCCGUUAAGAAUGCCAAUCCGAAUGUCCCACGGCAAUGUCCGUCACCGAUUCCACCGCACAUUACCAAAGAACACCCACAACUCCAGCCCACCUACGUCAACAUGACGGAAUUGGCUUCGAUGGCUGCUUCUAAAAACACUAACAGCAACAACAACAACAGCAUUAACAACAACACCGCCGGCGGCAGUAGCAAUGGUGGACAGCACAGUAACGCUGGUUUCCCCAAUCAGCACCAGCAACAACAGCAGUCUUCGUCGACGUCGGGUACGUCGCUGUUAUCGCAUUCCCAAGUCUACCAGACACACCACCAGCAGCAGCAGCAACCGAACUCGCCCGUCCUGUCGUCCGCAUCGUCUCUGAUUUCACCCGAUUCGAAUGCCACCAAUCCCAUCAGCUCGCCGGAUGCGUCCGCGUGCAGUACGCAAACGCCCCAGAACACCCCGCAGACGGGAUCGCCGGGAACGCCGAACUACAGUGGCGGUGGUGCGCAUAUGCUCGGGUACCGCAGCUCCACACCGUCGUCCUCGAUAGCCGGGGCCGUGGGUGGCACACUAUCCUGCGAUCCGGCGGCCGGUGGGACGACGCCAACCGAAAGUAAUAUAGACUCUUCCUCCAACCAUACCAUCACGAUCGACGACAACGAUGAGCAUUAUAACACCAGCACCUCCGCGUCCGCAAAUUUAACAUCCAGCAACACCAUCACCAACAACACCACUACCACCACGGCCGCCAGUGCCGCGGCCAGUAGCCAGUCCACUAACAAGCCACCAUCUCCUCCCCACACUACUACUACUACUACCACUACUACUACUAGCAGCAGCUCCCCGGCUUCGGCGGGUGGCACGAAGGGGGUGAUCGAUAAAGACAAAGAUAUACUCAAACGUACCGGUUCAGUUCUAGAGAAAACGUCCAUGUUCGAGCAGCAGAUCAACAAUAAUCAGACGGCGACACCGGCGCUACUUCAGCAGCAGCACCAGCAGCAACUCAGUGUUCCGACGUCACCGGCAGCCCGCAGCAACGACCCGAACGCCCUAUAUGGACGACGGACGAACGAGGAAAUCUACAAAUCCGCCGGCCAGUUGCUCCUGGAUCGCGAUGCAGACUGCAUCGACAAGCAAACGAUCGAAGAACUAAACAAUCUGAUUGGUGAACUAGAUCUCUUUCAAAGAGAGCAUGAAAGUGCCCUGCUCGGCCACCGUCAUCAGCACCCGCACCAACGGUGCGCGAACGGACUCGGCUCCUCCGAUCCGGAAAUGAUCGUAGCAAACGGAGUGAAUAAUAAUCACAGUGCGCCAUUGCGCCACGGAUCCGGAUCGGCCGGCAUCUUGGACGCGGAAGAUGGCCUACAGCAGCAGCCGCCGCCACAGCAGAAUAGACUACCCUCGUCGAUCUCGUCCAGCAACAGCAAUCUGGACGAGUAUCUGAGCAACAACCAGUCCGGCUCGGUUGAAGAAACGAACGGGUCGAUGACAAACCUGGCGGCAAAGUACAGCAACCACAGUGCACUCGAUGGCGAGUACGGUGUCGGUACGGGCCAGUACAAUCCGUACCAUCAGCAUCAGCAUGCGUUCGGGAUGCUGGGAUCCGUCGGCACAUCCGCUGGAUCCACCCAAGGUCUGGAUGGGAUUGCGACGACUGGUUUUGAGAAUCCAUCCUUUAUGAUGGAGAACUACUACAGUCAGAACCGAAGCGAGGUGGUCGUUCUGCGGUGCAAGGACACGAGCCGCAACAGUCUCAAUACCGCCCCGGAUGAUUUGCUGACCGGUAGUGGAUUGAUGCAGCUGAACGGAUCGGCGAUCAACAACGGUGGAGAGCACGGUGGCUCGAACCAGCGCCUCAGCUCGUUCCGCUCGACCACAUCAAGGCCCGCAUCACCCGCCUCGAUGACGUCCUUUUUUGGCAUUACCAACGCCGCCACAUCCCGCUCGCCCACACCGUCCCUUUCGCUGCCUGCCACUGCCAACUCAUCGCCUGCCCACCAGCACCACAACCACCACCAUUAUGUCCCGAAUGGUGGCGAAACGAACGAUUUGCCGUCCAAUGUCCACGCCAGUUCCGCCGUCGGCAACCACCCGGCGGCACCGUACGACGAUCGUAUCAAUCGCAAUAAACCCGCCAUCACCCCGAGACCUGCAUCGUUAUCUGGACCGACACGGGUUACGCGGCGCGCCUCGAUCAACACCGUCAAGCCGCCUCCGCCGGUGCGGCGCAGCUCAAGCGUAACGCCUAGUCCUAGCGUAGGAACUAACUCCACCACAACCAUCACAAAUCUUGCCCAGCAAAGCCUAGCUUACACCUCAUCAGAAAGUUUACCUCCACCACCUGCUUAUCUAUUAGAUUCUGCCGCUGGAAGUUCACCUAGUAUUUCAGGAAAUGUUGCGGGUACGGUGAAGGCACUGAACGAAAUAAGGCACACUCCAGCCAGCCCUGGUGUGCUAAGGCGGGCUCAGCAGCAAAGCAAUCCACCCUCUACCCAAGGAUCACCUACGCAAUACACUAAUCUGUACGGCACGUUGCCCUCGAAGCAUCAUUCCGAUCAUAGUAGCACAGCAUCGUCAUCAGCCGCUGCCACGCAGCAGGCACAUUGCCCUCCAUCGCAACAACAACAUCAUCAUCAUCAUCCAAGCACCCCAAAUUCAUUCCACGCGACUGAUAAUAACAAAUCGCUGUCAAAUCGAUCUCCGAAAACGAACCUCCAACAACCUGGAGGCAUCUACGCACAACCGAAACAACUCGCAAGUAUGUCCAGCUUCCGUACCUCAAGUCCAGGACCCCAGAAACCGAACAGUAGUUUUCUGGCCCAGCUGAACGCUAAAAUUGCUCCGAAUAAACCACCCCCUCCGGCUCAGCAGUCAUCAGCAGCGGCCUAUCAACAACAUCCCAAUCAGCUGCAUCAGCAACAGGCGGCGAAUAAUUACGUCUACACCACGGCACCAUCGGGCAACGAGCUGAUCUACCAGCGAUCCACUCCGGUGCACGAUCCGCGAGCGUACAACAAUAAUCAGCAGCAACAGCAGCAGCAACAAUACUAUCACUCGCAGCAGCAGCAGCAACAACAACCGCCCCAGCAUCCGCCUCGAGAGGGUAAAAAUCUUAUGUAUUCCGCGUCCAAUCAGUCCCUUUCGCAGCAUUCAGCACACUAUCAGCAGCAGCAGCAGCAGCAACACCACCAGCAGUACUAUCAGAGUCAGUAUCAGCAGCAGCAACAACAGUAUCAACAGCAGCCUCAGCAGCAAUCUUCACAAUAUUAUUACCAACAACAACAGCAGCAAGCGCAGCAGAAACAACAGCAUUCGCAGCAGCUCCCGUCGUACGGUCACGUACUCCCACCGAGUGGUGGAGCCAGCAAUAGUAGUAGUGGUAGUGGCUACCCGACGCAAAACAUUUACGUCUCGACGAAUCCCUUCGCCAGCUCCGUCCAGGCAAGCCAGACUGCCGGUGCCUCGGCUAGUGGUGCCAGCAGCUAUUCGCCCUCGUCCUUCGGCAAAGGCACUCGUCACGGUGUUGAUGACGCUGGUAGCGGUAGCGCCAGCAGUGGCACUAGUACCCCCAAUCGGACAAAUCAUCACCUUCGCAACAAUAACGGUUCGGCUGGCAGCAGCAAUAGCGCUGUCGGCGGAGGAGCACAAGGCGGUUCCGGUUCAACGCACAACGUGCUGGCCAAAACGAGUGCCGGUUUUCUAGAGAAUCUCAACGCACGGCUGGCGGAACAGCGGCUCUCCGGCAAAGCAUUCGCGGUCAGAAAUUUGAUCAACAGCAAGGCACUGCCGGACCCACGUGUCUGCCACGAGUCGCUGAUGGAUCAGAUCAAACGGGGUGCCACUCUCAAACGGAACCGCACAAUCAAUGACCGCAGCGCACCGAAAAUCCACUGAAGCACUGAAGUGAUCAUUCGCCAAUUACGUUAGUGUUAGUACGCACCGAAUUAUGAACACACCCACCGGCUGGAGAAGAACCAUUAAAUCCCCUCUUCACUUAGCCACCGCUCACAUGGCCCAGGGGAGCGGAUGGAGGUUAUAGCGGGUCAGUAGCGGCCGUGAUGAGAUCGCUGGGCCCUACCCUAGUUAACUUCCGCGAACAUAAUAAGACAGACACUACUGAAGGGUAGUAAACCUGAUAGGCUGAAGAA